GUUACUUUUAAAACAAAAAUUUACCAUCCAAAUGUUAAUAAUAAUGGCGAAAUAUGUUUAGAUAUUCUAAAAGACCAAUGGUCACCUAGUUAUACUAUCAUUAAAGACGAGCCACUUAUGCCUGAGAUCGCUCAUGUAUAUAAAACUGACCGUGCACGUUAUGGUGCAACUGCUCGAGAAUGGACACAAAAACAUGCUACUUAA